UGCUGCCACUCCUAGGUUUAUAUUUAUAACGUUAACUUCGGUUCUCACUUGUCUCCUCCACCCUCGCCGCUAACUAUUACUGCUACUCAACAUAUCAACCCUCUCAUUUUUCUCCCCCUGGUAAACGAAAAAGGGAGGCCAAGUUUGCAUGAAUUAAGGACAAGGUGAGAGUGGGAGAGAAAGGUUUAAGCAACAUGGCUAAUUCUGUCGUUAAGGUGGAGCCCGUUGUCGAUGAACCAAUUAGCACUACAAGUGCAAAAGGCUUUGAGGACACAGAGGUUGAUAUUGUGAGUUGGACAAACAAGGUUGACACUGCGGCUAACAAGAACGAGGACCCUGAUGCAACUGAGUAUUCGAGUUCAUUUGCGGAUACCUCCUCUGAUGCUGAAAAUAGCUCUAGAUUGAGUGAUGUUGAAGUGGAGUCAAAGCUCCUUGGUAAAAAUGGCCUGCCAUGUCCCUUUGAUGCUUUUGGAAUUGGUCCUGAGUUCCGAACCAGGAAGAGGAAGGUGACAGAUCAUUGGAGGAACUAUAUACGACCUCUAAUGUGGCGUUGCAAAUGGACAGAAAUAAGACUCAAGCAAAUUGAGUCACAAGCAUUAAAAUAUCGCAAAGAACUUGCGAAGUAUGACAAGGGAAAGCAUACAGCACCUGAUUGUUUAACCUUAGAAGAGUUUGGUUCGAAGUCAUUGCCAUUUUCAAGCCAUCAGUACAGACAUAAAGCUAAAAUGAGAAGAAAAAGAAAGAAAGUUGAGAACACAACCGACAUAGCAUCAUAUACAUCACAUCACCAUCUUUUUUCCUAUCUUGAGAAUAAGAAGUCUGAUCCUGAUGGCUCUUUGGAUGAUGAUCUUGAAAAUCAAGAGGCAGAUGAUGAUGAUGAUAAAUUUGGGGUUGGUGAUGAUCCACCAAACCUUGUCGUCACUCCGGCCGAUGUUACCUAUGACCUGCUCCUUUGGAAAAUUGACCAUCUACAUUCUAGGGUCCGCAAGCUGAAGAGUGGUGUCGAUGCAGUGAUGUCCAAAAAUGCUUCGAAGUUUUCUUCACCUGAGAAAUUCUGCCUUGUUCGCCGUGGUGAUGCGCAGACUAGCUCUGCUCAAAGUCCUACAAAUUCUGCAGAGAAUGAAUACACAGCAUCUGUUGGAGCUAUGUACAAUCCAACUCAGCAUGAAGCUGAGUUCGAUUUUGGAGAUUUUCUUCCUGACAGUGCUGUUUCAAGUUUUGGAGAAGUUGCAAUGAUUCCUGAUAUAAUCGAGAGCACUGAAAGCUUGUUGGUUGCUGCUAAUGCAACCCUCCAACUGCCCCUCGUUGGCGACUCUCAUGAACAUAUGGUGGACAAUGUGUUGAAGCAUGAGGUAGCUGAAACUGAAGACAACACCUUUAAAAGUGAAACUCACAUUCCCAUUGAGAAGCUUCUGGAGGUGAAAACUGAAGUGGAAGAAGGUUUGCAUUCUGUUUCUAUCCCCGUGUUAGAUUCUAAUGUAGCAACAGCAACUGGCGUGUCUCAAGAGCAUUCUGCUCUCAUGACAUGCGCCAAUAAAGAUGUUAACUUCUCCAUAACUAAGAGAAAGCGUGGAGAGCGCAAACCUGGUUCGGGUGGUUGGAGCAAGAAAUCCCCCGGGGAACCCGAAAACCAGUGAAUAAAACUUCUCAAUCUGUAAUGUGACUUCAUAUUUUUCGUCUUCCCUAAGUUGACAUUUAUUUAAACUUUUUUUAAAAUCACCGUGAAUAAAUAUUACAGUGUUGUUUCCAGGGGAAGAGGAACUAUACCUUCAUUUCGAUAAAAUAUACACAUGGAUGGACCCUUAUGUCAUACAUCCAUUUUGGAUUUGAUCCAUAUACCUUUUUUUUUUGGGUUUAGUCCUGAUAUUUAUGACAAUGUUUUAUUUCGUUCAGCAAUUUGUUGCUGUUGUUGUUGGGAUUUAAAAUGUUAUACCUUUGUUACUUUACUUGACCAUCAAUUUUAAUAUUUCAUAUCAACUUUA